CUCUCUCGUGAACACGUUGGGGCGAGUACCAUCACCAAAAUGAAAGAGACAUCUUAAAUGUACUGUUAAAACACCAUACUUUUGUAUAGUUCGUUAGCUAGUAAGUUAUUGUCUGCUACGCUAGUUGUAUAAAAGUCGUCAAAAUGUUCAUUAUUAAACGCGUGGUGUGCGUUGGGGGCAUCAUUGUCCCUCAAUGCACCUCUCUCCUCUUUGCGAGCAACUUCUCUGCUUGCCAUUGCCUAACAUCCCCAAAGAGACCCAGCCCGUACAGCUCAGUGGACAGUGAGCGCUACUCUUCUCUCGUGAAGUCCGUCAUGUCAUCCAGGGUCAGUUCCCAAACCCCCGAGACCCUCCUAGCGGAGGAUGACCACAUCUAUGGACCUGUUGUCAAAGCUCAGGCGCCCUCCAGACCACAGAAGAGGGCACCCAAAACUCUCCAUCCCUUCUUACACUGCGAGGAGACUCCUGAAACAGAGGAGCCAGAGUCAGGACCUCCAACCCGGAUUUCGUUAAACCGGGGCCAAGACAGGUCUUUCCUACCCAGUGUGACCCACAUUCUUCAGCAGACCCUUUCCCCAGAGCAGAUCUUUUAUUUGGAGAGGUGGAAGAGGAGGAUGAUCGCAGAGCUCGGAGAGGAAGGCUUUAAACAAUACAGUCAGAAUUUGUUUAGGCAAGGGAAGAUUUUCCAUUCAGCUGUGGAGGACAUCCUGACAUCAGGCACAACAUCGGAGGACAAAAUUUCCUCAGAGUGUUCAGAGUAUCCACCUGAGGUACAGGGAUACAUGCAGAGCAUCUCUCACAUACUGGGGGAUGUCAGAGCAGUGAGAGCCAUUGAAAGCACUGUGCAACAUGACGCACUGAACUAUCUGGGCAUUGUGGAUUGUGUUGCUCGCUACAGGGGUGUGUUAUGUGUUAUUGACUGGAAGACCUCAGAGAAGCCCAAACCAUUCCUGAGCAACACAUAUGACAACCCUAUUCAGGUGGCAGCCUAUGCCGGGGCUUUGAACAGUGAUGGAAACUACAACUACCAGGUUGAAAAUGGACUCAUAGUUGUGGCCUACAAGGAUGGCUCACCUGCCCAUGCUCAUCAGUUGAGCUCUGAGCUGAUGUCGGAGUACUGGAAAAGGUGGCUGGUUCGUCUGGAAGUGUUUACAGAGCAAAGAUCCAGUAAUGCAUCAAGUGCUUCCAUGGAAAAGAGGUGAAAUGCGUAAAGAGAGAUCUUUAAGGAAGUGUCCAUGAAGCAGGUUGUUUCGGUUUAAGGCAACUGAACCUAAACUGAACACAUAACAUUCUGACUAG